GUAAACAGAGCCCCUUUCGCGAGAGCUCCUCUGAAAUAUCGUCCGUCCAGACCUAGAAACCAUCUGUCCCUCAAUCCCGCGACGCCGCCGCCGUUCUGCUCCGGUGCUAGGGCUUGGGAGCUGAGCUCCACCCUGCCCCCUCCAUUCUCCAGCUCGCCUCAGCCAUCCCUUCCUUCCGUCUUUAAAGGCAUCGCUGCCGGGCGGCUGUUAGCUGAAUCGAUCGCAAGGAAAGACAAAGGAGGAGAGUUCAGUCGACUUGGGAUCGAGUAGAAUCGCCGGCUUCUGCUGCUAUUGCGGUACUCUUCCUUCCUUGAAUGUCGUUUACUUCUCCAGCUGACCAUUAUAUCCAAUCCCAAUCCAAUCGACGAUGGGCCUCUCUCGUCGGUUUCUGAACCUGAUCGUGGACAACCGCAUCCCUGGAGCCAAAUCGCUGCGCUGCAUCGACCUCACCCUCGCGCGCUACAAGUUGUUCAACACUACAACACCUGCUGCACUGAUACUGAAUGGGAAAAUAUCUGAAUCAGAACGCCCACAAGACUCCACCCCAUGGGCGGGUGCCGACAAUAACGAGAAGGAAGCGGCAGCAACGUUAAAGAUAGGAACGAUUCAGCUUCCUACACCAAUCAUGAACUUUCGAUCUUCAGCUGAGUACUUGAGUUGGUAUAUCAACUGUAUUCCGCUUGCAGGUCGCAAGGUGCUCUGCACAGACCAAUCUGGCCGCGCCUGCCUCUUCGAUGCCGAUACGUGCAAAGUGGAUACCUUGCCCUCUCUCCACAAGCCCAAGUGUUUGCCCUACUCCAUCUUCAUCCCCAGUGCCGAUGACAAGGACGACCACGACGACAAUAGUAAUGGAGGUGGCAGCGUCUACAUCAUGGAUACUUGUCUUAAUCACAUACCAAGAGACAACAUACAGCUGAGCAGUCAGUUUGAGGCUUUUGUCUACCGUAGGUCCACCUUGACCUCCUUCACCAAGUCCUGGCAGUGCCAGCGCCUCCCGCCACCGCCAUUCGUCUGUGACCCCAAGUACAAGCAUGCCAGCCCCCACAAGAUCACUUCAUACGCAGUGGUCGACGGCGGCUCCCACAUCUGCAUAUCGGUGGAUGGUGCUGGCACCUACUGCUUGGACACGGUGAAACACACUUGGAUCCAAAUUGGGGAGUGGACACUACCCUUCAUCGGCAAGGUUGAGUAUGUACCGGAGCUGAAGCUGUGGUUUGGCAUUUGUGCCAAUGACUGGAAGCAAUUUGGUGCCGCUGACCUCUCCACCAUUCUCUCCACCAUGGACUCUCAGCCACAGCUAGUAGGAUCUUGGAAGGAGCUGGAGGCACCCCAAGAGUGGACAGAGAUGCAGCAUCCUCAUCUUGUCAACCUGGGGUCUGGCAGAUUCUGUGUCGCAAGGUUCUACCACAGUUGGACACCCACGGCGGGCUUAUUUGGUUCUGAUUUAGGUGAGCUUUUUUUUACUGUGUUGACCGGUACAGAUGUGGUGCAAUGUGUUGUCCAUGACGGCAAUGGGACUGGCAAUGCCUCUUGCAAUGACAGUUGCAAUAACCCUUAUGGCAGCAACGGGAAAGUGGAACUCCGAAUGAUCAAGCACAACUCAAAAUGCCACAUGUCUUAUGGCACCGAUGGUAACAUUAAGGUAUUGUUCUGAAUAAUAACUUACUUUGGUGUAUUAUCUUACCCAUCAUUAUCGUCUGAAUAAUUUUGGCACUUUGGUAUGUAAGAGACAAAUUGUUCUUUGAGUACUGUCAUGAAAUUUAACUCUCCCUGUGUUAUUUGCUUCGCUUAGUAUGAUGAUAUAAAUUUAACUCCCUGUGUUAUGCGCUUUGCAUAGCAUGGUGAUACUGUUUCCCGCAAUGUCACAUUCUGAGUUAUCUUAAUUUAGGUCAUUCUGAGUUAUCUUAGGUCAUCAUUUAUGUGGUGACUCAUGUAUGUUCUCAUAGUUUUGAGGGCUUUGUCAUGAACGUAGAUCUCCCCCUGUAAUCCUUUUUGUACUAUGUAUGUAUGGUAUCAAUCUAUUGCAAUGGUA